UCAAAACAUGUCAGAGCAAUCUUUUGUCGCUAUCAUCCCCACAAGUCUUGAAAGGGGAGCCUUAUGAUCAAAAGGAACCCACAAAACCCUCUCAAACGCAUUGCUUUUGUCUGCCACUUUGUGACUGUGAGGAUCCCAAACAAACCACACCACACUGGUUGUUCAUGGAUUCUGGGCUUCAGCAUCUCGCAUUGCGCUUCUUCAUUCUUCUCUGCUGCCUCUUUCAAGCCACCGCCGAGGAUGGUAGCUGGAAGAUAGCCACGGCCACGCUCUCCAGGGACAAGGACGGCUCCUCCUCUGUCACCACUGGAGGCGCUUGUGGGUAUGGGGAUCUGAGGCAGAGCAGCUAUGGCGGGUACAGCGCAGGCCUGAGCGGGAAGCUGUUCAACAGGGGAAGCAGCUGCGGAGCUUGCCUGGAAGUGCGGUGUGUGAACCACAUAAGGUGGUGCCUUCAAGGCAGCCCCUCCGUGGUGGUCACAGCCACAGAUUUCUGUCCUCCCAAUUCAGGCCUUUCCUCCGAUUACGGAGGUUGGUGCAACUUCCCAAAGGAGCAUUUGGAACUAUCUCAUGCGGCCUUCACAGGGAUUGCAGAAACCAGAGCCGAGAUAAUACCUGUGCAGUACAGGAGGGUCAAGUGUGGGCGGAGAGGCGGGGUGAGAUUCAGCUUGAACGGGAGCUCCCACUUCUUUCAGGUCUUGAUAAGCAAUGUGGGACUCGAUGGGGAAGUGGUGGGAGUGAAAGUGAAGGGGCAUACAACGGCUUGGAUUCCAAUGGCCCGAAACUGGGGACAGAACUGGCACUCCUCACUCGAUCUCAUCGGACAGUCUCUUUCUUUCGAAGUUACUCUCAUCGGCGGCAAAACCAUUGCCUCUUACGACGUGGCUCCCCCUUAUUGGCGCUUUGGAAUGACCUACCAAGGAAAGCAGUUCCUUUCGUGACUACCUCUCCUCUUUUCCUUUUCUUUAUAUAAAGUUAUGAUUCACUUUCGGUGGUCAAACACAAUUUGUGGCCUUUAUCAUGACUUUUAAGACAUACUAGUAAUCACUUCAGUUCAAGGUAUAAAUGACUUUACCAUUA